ACAUGGAGAUACAAGCAUGAAUAGAGCAACGCCGAGAGCCUUGCAAUAAUUUCAAACAAAGGAGCAACAUGAUUUCGCAUUGAGUCAUGCCAAUACAAUCAGACCGCAAGAUUCUAUGUCCUAUAAUGAUGAACAUUUUCUGAAUGUAAUUCUGCGACUCAAGUCAUUGCUUUAUUGAGGAUUUGCCUUGAGGUUUAAUAAAUGACUAACUGUUUUCAUCAAGAAACCUGCAAAUGGAAGACCGACGGAAGGAGCAUCACAUACAAAGACAAGACAUAUCAGCUGUAAGACAUCGAAAACAAUGCAAGGUAAACGAAUGGGGUGAAAGCAUCCUACAGGUCAAUCCUGAGCAACCCCCAUCUGGAGUCUCUUCUAACCCCAUCACAUACGAUCAUAUCAACAGACUGACUUCUAAUGGAGCAAAUAAAAAGCUUCUCAAGCGAGAAGGACACCUUAUUUCUCCCUCCCGAGAUGAUUAUGUGUCAGUUUACACUUUGGUCCUGGUGGUUUUGCUUUCUGUAUGUACACGCUUUUACAAGAUCACUGAGCCUCCCCAUGUUUGUUGGGAUGAGACUCAUUUUGGGAAAAUGGGCAGCUAUUACAUUAAUCGCACCUUCUUCUUUGAUGUCCAUCCACCCCUUGGAAAGAUGCUUAUUGGUCUUGCUGGAUACUUGACAGGCUAUGAUGGCACCUUUCCCUUCAUAAAACCAGGGGACAAAUAUGAGCAGCACAACUACUGGGGGAUGAGAGGGUUCUGUGCAGCUCUUGGUUCCUGUCUGCCUCCUUUUGCCUUCCUAAUUGUUCUGGAGCUGUCGCAUUCUACACCAGCAGCGCUCAUUGCAGCUUGUCUGCUUAUCUUUGACACUGGCUGCAUCACUCUCUCUCAGUACAUCCUUCUGGACCCCAUUCUGAUGUUUUUCAUCAUGAGCUCUGUCCUGAGCAUGGUCCGAUUCAACAAAUACAGACUCAGGCCUUUCAGCUUCUCUUGGUGGCUGUGGCUGCUUCUAACGGGGGUCUGUCUCUCUGGGUCUCUGGGGGUGAAGUUUGUGGGGCUGUUUGUCAUACUCUUGGUGGGAAUCAACACUGCAUUGGAUCUCUGGAGGUUACUUGGGGACCUCAGUUUUUCUCUGGUGGAUUUUGGGAAGCACUUGUUAGCUCGAGUUUUUGGGUUAAUAAUGCUUCCAUUGUUCCUGUACACUACAAUAUUUGCUGUCCAUUUUAUAGUCUUAAACAGAAGUGGUCCUGGAGAUGGUUUCUUUAGUUCAGCUUUCCAGUCUCGCUUGAUUGGAAACAAUCUGCACAAUGCCUCCAUGCCAGAGUACCUGGCAUAUGGCUCUAUUAUAACCAUAAAGAAUUUGCGAAUAGCAGGAGGUUAUCUGCACUCUCACUGGCACCUUUAUCCAGAGGGGGUUGGAGCUCAUCAGCAGCAGGUAACCGCCUAUCUGCACAAAGAUUAUAACAACCUGUGGUUGGUCAAGAGACCUGACAAUUCUGAGGAUCAUGCAGGGUCCCCAGAGCUUGUCCGACAUGGUGACAUCAUUAAACUAGAACACAAAGAAACUACCAGGAAUCUUCACAGUCAUCUACAUGCGGCUCCACUAACCAAAAAACACCUGCAGGUCACUGGUUACGGCAUUAAUGGGACUGGAGACGCUAAUGACUUGUGGCAGGUGGAGUUGUGUGGAGGGAGGAAGGGAGAUCCAGUGAAAGUGCUGCGGAGUAAAGUGCGCUUUCUCCAUCGCUCCACAGGGUGCGUGCUCUGCUCCUCUGGAAAGACACUUCCUAAGUGGGGAUGGGAACAAGUUGAGGUUACAUGUAGUCCAUAUGUCAAGGAGACCCCCAACUCACAGUGGAACAUUGAGGAUCACAUCAACCCUAAAUUGCCCAACAUCAGUCUGUCAGUGCUUAAACCCACUUUCCUGGAGAUUCUUUGGGACUCUCAUAUUGUUAUGAUAAGAGGAAACAGUGGUUUGAAGCCCAAAGAUAAUGAGGUAAAUUCUAAGCCCUGGCACUGGCCCAUCAACUAUCAGGGUUUGAGGUUCUCUGGAGUGAAUGAGACUGAAUACCGUGUUUAUCUCCUAGGCAACCCUGUAAUCUGGUGGCUUAACCUGUUCAGUCUGGGUCUAUAUGUUGUCAUGGUGACAGUGGCUUCUUUGGCAGUGCAAAGAGGUGUGAAGCUGGAGGGAACGAGGAAAGCGCACUGUCACUCUUUAAUGAAGGGUGGAGGAAUGCUGCUUUUGGGCUGGCUGCUACACUACCUACCCUUCUACAUCAUGGGUCGUAUACUCUACUACCACCAUUACUUUCCUGCCAUGCUGUUCAGCAGUAUGCUCACAGGUAUUACUUUGGACAUCUUCCUACAGAGUUUAGACCUCCUCUUUAGUCCAUCUGUAUCCCAUUAUCUUUUGAGAGGAGGUCAAUCUAUGCUCCUGUUAGGGUUCCUUUACAGCUUUUACCUCUUCCACCCUCUCUCCUAUGGUAUAAGGGGGCCGUUGGCACAUGAUCCUGCCUCCUCUAUGGCUGGGCUCAGGUGGAUGGAAUCCUGGGAAUUUUAGACCAUAUUUUAAAGUGCAUCAGAUGGAAUAAAUUGUUAAAUCCAGUUCAGUUGUUACCUGUGGACUGCUGUCAAAAAAACAAAACCCUGAGUGACAUGUGGAUGCAGAUAAUUUUGAUAGCUGAACACUAAAUAGUAUUUUACACUAAAUAGUAUUUUACAGUUACAGUAUCUUACAAACAAGUUGCAUAGUGUUUAACCACUGUAGCUGAACUGAAAUAAAUCAACAGAAGUAAUAAAGUGCCUUUCAGAUUUCAAGAUGGUUAAUUGUAUGUAUUACUGGACAAUACACAUAUACAGUGUGGUACUGCCUUCAGAAAGUUUUUGUACAUUAUUACUGUUACACAUUGAUUUUUUUUUUUUUCCUCCUUUCAAGAAUAAA